CAGGAAGUCGGUAUGCCCAUUUUGGAGACACAUGGCAUGAUUCGGCAUGCUGCCCUGAUUAACUAUGGUGAAGUAGCGCCCCUCUGCGCUCAUGCUCUGAAGGAGCUGAGCGUCGUGUACAGAGAGGAGCUUUUUCAAGCAGGUGCCAAAGGUGAUUUGAUGUAUUUCGUCCGAGAUGGCAAGCUGCACUACAGCUGGGAAGUUACACCGCAUCUCAUCGAGGAGGUUGUCCCGGAAAUGCGCGUGAGCGAAGCAGCGCUGUGGUUGAACCUGGGCUUGUCCCACAUAGGCCGUCCUGGGACUGAGGGCAUAAG